AUGUCGUCGAAAAACCCUGGACGUUCCGCAAAGAAGGAUGUAGAUACUAACGCCGCCGAGACGAAGUCGGAGGACAGCGCCGAUGGCUUCAUCGAAGUAAUGGCGCGAAGCCUACAGGAGCUCAAAUUAGCGCCUUCGCCAGCGCCACGCAAGGUGCUCCAGAUUUUUGAGCAGAAUUCUGCGAAGUUACCGGACCGCUGUGAUUACUGCGGCGCUGAAGGUGCGGAUAGCACGGUGCCGGAAGUUUCGUUCAACCUCCAGAAGCGUACUGCGACGCUCUUGGGAAGGAAGGGCGCCUGUAUGCGUUGCUACCAGAUUCUAAACCUGCGUCAACUGAACAACCAUAUCGCAAGUGCUGCAAUGCGCCAUCGUGGAGAGUUCGACGGCGUCUACGAACACUUUCUCGAGGUGAACCAGAUUAAGGACCGAAACGCCGUGGAACUGCAGGGUGCCGUUUCCAUAGCGAACAGUUUACAGGUUAUCUACUCGGAAAUUGAAUGGGCGUGUGUAGAUGGUUAA